CCCACCAAGACCUUCCGCAGCUACCUGCCACGCUGCCACCGCACCUACAGCUGCGUCCACUGCCGCGCCCACCUGGCCAAGCACGAUGAGCUCAUCUCCAAGUCCUUCCAAGGGAGCCACGGCCGAGCCUACCUGUUUAACUCUGUGGUCAAUGUGGGCUGUGGGCCAGCCGAACAGCGCCUGCUGCUCACCGGGCUGCACUCGGUAGCUGACAUUUUCUGCGAGAGCUGCAAGACCACACUGGGCUGGAAAUAUGAGCAAGCUUUUGAGACCAGCCAGAAGUACAAGGAGGGGAAGUACAUCAUCGAGAUGUCCCACAUGGUGAAGGAGAACGGCUGGGAGUAGGGCCAGGCAGCCGGUCCUCGCAUGCCCACCCUCCUGCCUGCCCACGGCCAUACCAGCAUGAGUACUGCCCGCCCUGGGCCCGGCUCCCCACCGCCUCCCCGCCCCACCAUGCCCCCGCCAGGUCCCUGCGGCAGGGUCUGGGGGACCCCAGGGGUGUCAGCAGCAGUCGGGGUAGUGAGGUACCAGGAGAGGGGGCCCAGGGGCCCAGAAAGCAGACGGCAGGGCCAAGGAGGAGCCAGACCCCGACCCGCUCGUCCUGAGGACAAACCGAGGUCCUGGGCCUGGCCUCAGCCACAGGAGUGCAGAGAAGGCUGGGCUGGGCCAAAGUCCUGGCCUGGACGCCGGUCUGAGGUGGGGCGGGAACCCCCAGUCGGCCCUGUGUCACCCCACUGUUUACCUUGGCUCCGAUGAGGUACUGAGUAUCUAGCCUUCGCCACUGGUGGGGUGUGGGGGCCCCAAGCCUGCAGCCCCGCUGCAGUGGGCACUUGUGGACGGCUCUGUCCAGGGCCUGGCCGCUGCUCCCUGGGACCCAGUCCCAGGAGGGCAGGUGGAUUGUCAGGGCCACGGGGCGUCCCGUGGUUGCCACCAGCGAACGAAACUUUUGUACGAUACAUAAAGUGUUUGGGUCUAUUUUUAAUAAAAAGAGGAAAAGCCACCGUGAGGCACUCUGUCCCAACUUUCCUUCCGUGCCGCAGACCGUCCCCAAAUGUCACCAGGGGUGAACGUCAGGUGAGGCUUUGCUGAGGAUAGGGUUUGGUGAGCUGUAUUCCAUCCAGAUUCGAAACAGGUCCUGUUGGGCUGGGGAUUUAGCUCAGUGGCACCAUGCUUGCCUUCCAAGUGCAAAGUUCU